CCCUUUCCCGGAGUAGGCAGGCCCCGCCCCUCUCCCCAAGUGGGCAGGGACAGCAGUCGCAUGGGCAGCUUUCCUUGUGAUGUCACAGGUUCCUCUGGGCACACUGCUGCCUGGCCACGCCUCCUUUCCCUUUCAUCUUUCUUAUUGACCAAUGGGAUUGGAGCAUUAAGGCCACACCCCUAUUCUGCAUUCUAGUGUGGCCCUGGUUACGCCUCCUCUGGCUCAGUCACACAGCAGCCUUGUAGGUGACUGGAGGUGUUCGCUGAUGUGGCCCCAACCCUACCUCCCUCCCCACCCCAUGAUAUUAGAAGAAACACGACAGAACAAAUUGGCAGCAGCCAAGAAAAAGCUAAAAGAAUAUCAGCAAAGGAAGAGCCCUGGUGUUCCAGCAGGAGCAAAGACAAAAAAGAAAAAAACUGACAGUAGCCCUGAGACAACCACUUCUGGUGGUUGCCACUCACCUGGGGACAGCCAGUACCAAGAACUAGCAGUAGCCCUGGAGUCAAGCUCCGUGACAAUCAAUCAACUCAAUGAAAACAUAGAAUCAUUGAAACAGCAGAAGAAACAAGUGGAACAUCAGCUGGAAGAAGCAAAGAAAACAAACAAUGAAAUACACAAAGCACAAAUGGAGCAGUUAGAGACAAUCAACAUCCUCACAUUGGAAAAGGCAGACUUGAAGACCACCCUUUACCGUACUAAACGUGCUGCCCGACACUUCGAAGAAGAGUCCAAGGAUCUGGCUGGCCGCCUGCAAUACUCCUUACAGCGUAUUCAAGAAUUGGAGCGGGCUCUCUGUGCUGUGUCUACACAGCAGCAGGAAGAGGACAGGUCCUCGAGCUGCAGUGAAGCGGUCCUCCAGCGGCGGUUGCAGCAGACCAUAAAGGAGCGGGCGCUGCUGAACACACACGUGACACAGGUGACAGAGUCACUAAAACAAGUCCAGCUAGAGCGAGACGAAUACGCUAAACACAUAAAAGGAGAGAGGGCCCGGUGGCAGGAGAGGAUGUGGAAAAUGUCGGUGGAGGCUCGAACAUUGAAGGAAGAGAAGAAGUGCGACAUACAUCGGAUACAGGAGCUGGAGAGGAGCUUGUCUGAACUCAAAAACCAGAUGGCUAAGCCCCCAUCCCUGGCGCCCCCAGCAGUGACCUCUGUGGUGGAACAGCUACAAGAUGAGGCCAAACACCUGAGGCAGGAGGUGGAAGGUCUGGAGGGAAAGCUCCAAUCCCAGGUGGAAAACAAUCAGGCCUUGAGUCUCCUUAGCAAGGAACAAAAGCAGAGACUCCAGGAGCAGGAGGAGAUGCUCCGAGAGCAGGAGGCGCAGAGAGUGCGGGAGCAGGAGAGACUGUGUGAACAAAACGAGAGGCUUCGGGAGCAGCAGAAGACGCUACAGGAGCAGGGUGAGAGGCUGCGAAAGCAGGAGCAGAGGCUACGCAAGCAGGAGGAGAGGCUGCGAAAGGAGGAGGAGAGGCUGCAAAAGCAGGAAAAGAGGCUGUGGGACCAGGAGGAGAGGCUGUGGAAGAAGGAGGAGAGGCUACAAAAGCAGGAGGAGAGGCUUGCGCUCUCCCAGAACCACAAGCUCGACAAGCAGCUGGCCGAGCCACAGUGCAGCUUCGAGGAUCUGAACAACGAGAAAAAGAGCACACUGCAGCUGGAGCAGCAAGUAAAGGAGCUGCAGGAGAAGCUAGACGAGGAACCAGCUGCCAGCCACCAGAACCAACAGCUAGAGACCCAGCUAAGCCUCGUGGCUCUCCCUGGAGAAGGAGAUGGAGGAGAACAUCUGGACAGUGAGGAGGAGGAGGCGCCUCGGCCCAUGCCAAACAUCCCAGAGGACCUGGAGAGCUGGGAGGCCACGAGCAGCUUUAUGGACCUCCCGAAGGAGAAGGCGGACGGGACGGAGCAGGUGGAGAGACUAGAGCUUGGAUUCGUCCAGCCCUCUGGAGCGACAGAUGGCAUGAGACAGUCCUUCACCGUAUAUGAAAGCCAGGGGGCAGUGCCAAACACGCGGCACCAGGAGAUGGAGGAUGUCAUCAGGCUGGCCCAGAAGGAGGAGGAGAUGAAGGUGAAGCUGCUGGAGCUGCAAGAGUUGGUGUUGCCCCUUGUGGGCAACCAUGAGGGGCAUGGCAAAUUCCUCAUCGCUGCCCAGAACCCUGCUGAUGAGCCCACUCCAGGGGCCCCAGCCCCCCAGGAACUUGGGGCUGCCGGUGAGCAGGAUGAUUUUUAUGAAGUGAGCCUGGACAACAAUGUGGAGCCUGCACCAGGAGCGGCCAGGGAGGGUUCUCUCCAUGACAACCCCACUGCACAGCAGAUCGUGCAGCUGCCUCCUGUAAUGCAGGACACCCAGGAGCACCCAGGCUUGCCCAGCAAACCCCGCGUGCCAUUCUUUUACCAGGCAGCCGAGAACAGGGAGAUAAACAUCAUCAUCUUCUAAGAGCUGGUCAAGAAAUUUAAAACAACAACAACAAAAAGUUACGGGGUUCAUCUCCUACACAAUUCAUUUACUCCAUUUGAAUGCUAGAGCCGCUCACAUUUAUUUGUGUUUCUAAUUUACCGUUUAAAUUUAUUUGUAAAAAGUUAAGGGAGAGUUGGUCUUUCCCUGAUGUUCACUCUGGCAUCCUUUAGCAUUUUUGUUUUUAAUUUGAUAAUUGUAGGUCAUUAGCACGCAUAUUGAGUUUGCCCUUAGGUGGUGGGAAUUCAAACACACAAAGACCCACUAAUUUGCACAAAACUAUUCUGGCUGGUUUGGAACAGGCUGCCAUGCUUUUUUAAUGUUAUUGCAGCAUGUAUAUUCAUUACAGAAUUCAGAUAAAAUGUGCUUAUGUUCUGCUAUUACGUUUGAUCGAAUCCUAACCACAGUGAGCUCUUCAUUAGCUCAAUAUGUGGUUUGCCCUCAAUUGCGCACUGUUUAUUACUUUGUAAUAUGCCACUGUGAGUACUGACAUUUAGAGUUGUUUAAAGGCCGAGAACUGGAAACAGCCUUUUCCCUAUUUUCUGUGUAUUGGGGAUGGGAGUAAUAACAUUUUGGGAAGCUUUUAAAAUCUCACAGAAGAGGAAAGUGGCCUGCUCUGGCAGGUGUGUGCAGGAUAGAGUGUGUUUCAUUUGUUCUGGUGCCAAAAAUGAGCGCUGUACUAUGGUAGUUCCCUUAGGAUUUGUAUGUGCUCUGGGCUCAUGAAGAUAUUGCAUCAUGAGCUGCAGCAGUUGUACCCUUUCUUGAUGACCUAAAAAGGGAUUAUUUCUGAGGAAUGAAAGGCUCCCAUCAUUGACUGUGGAUGUGGAAAACCUUUUCUAGCUUAGAGCAUUUAUAUCUACAAUACAUUUUAAAGUCAGAGUUCAUGUUACCUGUUUUAAUCACAUGAGUAUAUGUCCCAGUACACAAAAGGGCACUGGUUGGCAUUCUUCUUAAGGUAUUUAGUGAAGAUCAUAAGAAAUCCUUUAAGAGUUUAAAUGUCCCUGGAAGAGGCAUACAGGCUCUAGUCAAGAAUGAAUUUGAGUGAAGGAAAGCUGUGUGACACCUGGCCUUCCUCUAUGUUCAUGGAGCUUCUUUGAGGCUAGAAGAUUGAUUUUAUCAUCUAGACCUCUCUGGCUAAUACCUAUUCUUCAGCCACAUUAGUUACUCUGACAUAGGAAUUUACUUCUUUUCUUUGAAUGGAAAACACUUUAAAAAUAAUAACAACCAUUAUUAUAAACCAAUAUAUGUGAGAGUACUUAGUUGAAACAAAAAGGAGUUUUAGUACACAGUAUUAUACUACACAUGAAAAUCAAGGCGAAGUUUAUGCAACUUAAAAUGUUUACAAGCUGCAGUGCAAUCUAAUGUUUGUGAAUGUCCAAGUAUUAUGAGAAAAAGUGUCUAUACAAUGACAGAGUUAUGUUUCCUCACAAAGUUCUUCACAAAGAGUGAAAUAUGUUUUUAUACCUCUCAGUUUCAGUUAGAGGCAUAUUUUGUGCCAUAUGUAUGUUAAUGUACCUAUACAUGAUGAAUGAAUUAUUUCAGUCAUACAUUGCCUAAAUCAUAACUUUAAGAUGCUUGGGAAAGAAUCAACAGCUAAAAGUUCAUGAAGUUCUAAUGUCUGUGUUCCAAAAUACGUCACAGUAUUAGGAUGCAGGGAGAGAUGUGUGUGCGCUCCCUGGGGUGGGCAUUUCUAGUUACUAGACCAUCUCCAUUUUUAGCAUUUGGCAUCCUCAUGAUACUUUUAUACAUAUGACAUUAAUAGGAGAGCAAUAAUACGAUUUUACAGAUGGAAUAACAGAUGUGCCUGCAUUCACUGAAAGAGUGCAAAUAUUAAGUCCUUGUGACUUCGACUGACUCUUCCAAAUUGUAUGAAUUUAUCAAUGUAUUAGAUAAACCCAGUUUCAGAAUUAUAAAGAAAAACUGUUAGACCAACGAAUGUGGUUAAUUAACAGUAGCACGAUUUCUAGCCCGAGGGUUUAAAAUGGACUUCAAGUCCUGUUCUUGCCUUUUAUUUUCUGAACUUGCCACUUUUGCAUUCUUUGAGUUCAGUUUAAAGACAGUUUGAGUCCAAUUUAGACCCUCGGGCUAGAAAUCAUACCACUGUUAAUUAGCCACCUUAUUUGGUCUAACAGUUUUUCUUUAUAAUUCUGAAACUGGGUUUACCUAAUACAUUGAUAAAUUAUUUCAAAGGUAUUUUUAUAGUUCAAAUCACUUCACUUUUACCCUGAUAAAUAUAAAUGACUAGGAAUGAUCUUCAGAUAGCCUUUAGCACCUGUAACCAAUCUGACAAGAAUGUGUUCAUCAGGUACCUGUGGAUUAAAUCACACACUGGCAUAUUUAAGCUGAAUGUCAGUCUGGAAAAUAAAUGUAGUAUAUUAACUGAAAUACCACUCUUUGUGUAGGUAUUCUGUCAUAUAUUUAAGAAAAAUUAAAUAGCAUGUAAAUCGUAUAACAAUAACUUAAGUCUUUCUUCAAAGUGCAUGUGGUCCUUUGCAAUACCUCAUUCAGCCAAGUAUUUGUUCUCUUCCUCAUUCAGUAUAAGGCAGCUUUCAAUUUGCUUAGAAGGCAACAUUAGAAAGGUAGAGUUUAAUCAGAAACAGAAUUUUAAAGUGUGGGUUCAACUGAAUAAAUUUGAAUUUCUGUAGGAAGUAAAUAAUUAAAAAUCUAUUUAAAGAUUGCAAUAUAUAAUCAUUUUUAAAGUAUUUGUUUAACCUGAUAGGUUUUCCAGAAAUGAAAACAAGUCAGUUCUAAAACCAAAGCUGAUAUUUAGAAAAUGUGAAAAUGUAAAUCAGCCCUAUCCAUAAUAUAGUUUCUCUAAAACUUUAUCUUAAAGAGUCAUUUUAGAAGAAUAUAACUAUUCAUAAAUGUAACUGCUAUCUUAAUGUUUUGAAAUAAGUUAAAACACUUUAAAAUAUGAAUACUGUAGUUUGAAAGAAAGAAACUGGGGGAAGGAAAAGUAGAGAAAGAAAUGCCAAUUCCAAUGCAAGGCUUUAUUUGCCAAGUUUUCUUAGAAUGACUUUUACCAGUUUAUGAAUUCUUGUAAACAGAAUGUAUAAUAGAAAUACUGAAACACUGUUGCCUAAAGUGGCAUUGUUGACUGCUACUGUGAUGCUACUGUAAUGUAAUAAAUUAUUAAAUUGUUGCAAA